AUGCCUUGCCAUAUCAAGCACGACCCAGAACAGGUUUCUUUGUCCCAGUCAGCGUUGAAAAACAUGGACCACAUCUCUCAACCCAGGCAUACCGAAAUGAUCCAAGGAAUCUCAAACAUGGCCUCCAGAUCGAUCCAGGAUGAUGACCUUUCAAGCCAGGACAAUUUCUCUUUGUGCUCCAGUACACAUCAAAGCCAUGGAACUCCCCACGGACUGCCGUCAUGGGCUUUGGGCGAUGUGGACUCACUAGACAAUGGUGUCAUCCCAUCCACCAAGCCAGAAUCCCCAGAAGUACAGAUGCUGUCUUUCAAUUUGUCCCAUCAAUUGAUGCCUUCCACCGUGGGCCCCAGUGACGUAAUGUAUCACACCGGAUCUGAAUACUCAGGCUUCCAUGAUAAUGACCUGGAUCUUACACAUCCUCAAGACUUCAACCCAUACUCCAUGAUGGACUUGACUGCUUAUGAUGAUGUGUCCGGCCAAAGCGGGAACCAGUCCUGCACUGAUGAUGCGCUGUCUAGCCACAGCUCUCACACAGACGAAAGCCACCUGGCUGCCAGCGAUGCUUGGAAUUCCAUGCAUGUUUCACCCUGUGCCCGUCUCCCCCCUUUGACGGAAGCGAGUAAUGAUGUCUCUGUUACUUCCUCAUGCUCCCACCCCGGAUAUCCAUCAUUCAUGACUCACGAGGAUGCCAUGUUGAAGGAUAUUACAGCCACUCCCGUUGGAAGCCAUGGUAUCAAUCUAGGAGACCCGUUGUUCCCCCUCACGCCGCCGCUCGCGGAACAGGACCCAAACAAAACCAUCCGGGCUUCUAAGAAUGCACGUAGACCAGCUCUCCACACCCCACCAUCCCAGACCCAGGUGAAGCAGGACCCAGAGUUUUUCCCUCCCUUGCCAAAGGAGCCCGUCCGGCAGAGAUCCACCAAGGAAUCCGCUGAGCUGCGCAACCCCCGGGAUCACCCAUACUAUUCUUUGCCUACCCACAGUGAUGGAAAGUAUUACUGCCCUUUUGCCAACGGAGACAAGCCUUGCAAUCACGCUCCCACUACCCAGAAAUGUGCUUACCACAAAUAUCUGGAUUCCCAUCUGAAGCCAUACCGUUGCAAGGUGCCAGCCUGUAUGGAUGCCCAGUUGCAAUUCUCUUCCAAUGCAUGCCUCUUCCGUCACGAGCGCGAAGCUCAUGGAUUCCAUGGCCAUGGAGAUAACCCGCACCUUUGCCUCUUUGAAGGAUGUGACCGUUCGAUUCCUGGAUAUGGAUUUCCCCGUCGCUGGAACCUCUUUGACCACAUGAGGCGCGUCCACGAUUAUGCUUCUUCUGACCGGCCCAGCUCCCCAGAUGCUUCCCCAACGACCGGCCAGGCUGCUAAGAAGAAGGAAACCAUCGGACGCAAGCGUCGGGUGACUGGUGUUUCCGGAGCACAGACCAUGAAGCGCACUCGCUCCACCCAAUCCCAGACCAACCCGCUCAAAGCAGCCCAGCAGACCUCCGCCCAUCACAACCAGAGACUCCAGAAUGCGGAGAGGAACUACUAUAACUGCCGUUCCCGGCUCCUUGAGGAGCUGAGCAACAUCACCCCCCAAGAUUCAUCGAUGCACGAGAAGGUCAAUGCCAGCCUUCAGGAGCUGAUCACUCUGGGUUUGAACUACCGCCACAUUGAAGCCAGCCAGGCUGCUGCCCAGAUUGCCAGCGGUCUUCCUGCUUGA